AUGAAGUUAGUUGCCUUGUCAGUUGUCUUCCUGUGGGGGGCGCUGUGUCUCUACACCAGUGUGGACGCCGAGCGCAGUGCCUACGACCUGAUGUACUCAGCCGCAAUGAGCUUUAAUGGUCAGCUGACCUGCGCACCUUGGAACUGUGAAUGUGCCUUCAUGCGUCAGCGUGGCUGCUGCUGUGCAAGCAACAAGAUGUUUGAACUGGAGGAGACCACCUUCAUGAGGAUGACGAAACUGUGGGGAAAGCUAACGAAGCUGACAGACUCUAUAGCGGCAAGCUUCGACUACACUCACAUUGCCUUCACUGCCACCAUGGCUCCCACGCCAGACUGCUUUGGUCCUUUCACCACCAACGUGACCAUCUCCUACAACAACAUCUUACUUAAUGAUGGCCAUGGAUAUAACCCUGCUCUGGGUGUCUUCACUGCCCCUCGUUGUGGUGCUUAUGUCAUGUCCUUCAGAGCCUACUCCAACGUGGGAUCCCCUACCGAGCGCCUCUACCAUAAGGUCCAGAUGAUGAAGAACGGAGAAGUGGUGGCAUCUAUGUGGGAGGCAAAUCGAGAAGACAUGGAGGACAGCGGCACUCAGGUGGUGGUGGUGGAUCUUAAGAGAGGCGACCAGAUCUACAUGGAGCUAAUGUACGGGAGGAGCCUUUGUGGAACCGGUGCACAGAAAAACAUCUUUUCCGGUUACCUCCUGUACCCGACCUAUGAGAACUGGGUGGCUGCAUAA